AUGUCUUCCAAAGCCGUCACCAACAUCGACAUUCAAGGCAAGCUGCCAAAAGUCGCAUCAGGAAAAGUGCGCGAUCUAUAUGCGAUUGAUGAUGAUACCCUGCUUUUCGUCGCUAGCGACCGCAUAUCAGCCUAUGACGUGAUUAUGGAAAAUGGAAUCCCAGGCAAAGGCGCUCUACUGACGGCAAUGUCCAUCUACUGGUUCAACUACCUACCAACCAAGGUGCCUGGACUGAAAACGCACUUCAUCACCAAUGAUCUCCCCUCGUCAAUUGCAAGCCAGACAGACCUCAAGGACCGCAGCAUGCAAGUCCGGCGUCUGCAGAUUCUGCCCAUUGAGUCUAUUGUCCGUGGGUACAUCACGGGAUCUGGGUGGUCAGAGUACGCCAAGUCCGGAACUGUCAAUGGCAUCAAGAUGCCAGAGGGGUUGAUUGAAGGACAGAAGUUGCCGCAGCCGCUUUGGACGCCAAGCACAAAAGCGGAGGUUGGCGGCAAGGAUGAGAAUAUCAGUCCUGAGAAGGCGAGGGAGAUGAUUGGAAACGAGAAGAUUGCAAGCAAGGUCGAGGAGCUUUCGUUGGCUAUCUACACUGCUGCUGCAUCUCGCGCAGAAGAAGUGGGGAUCGUUCUCGCUGAUACGAAGUUCGAGUUUGGUAUCGAUGAAAAGGGUGAGGUGGUGCUGGUUGACGAGGUUCUGACACCGGAUAGCUCGAGGUUUUGGCCAAAGGAUACUUGGGAGCAGAAUCUUGGCAAGGCGCAACCAAGCUUCGACAAGCAGUUUUUGAGGGACUGGCUGACGAGUAAUGGGUUGAAGGGUAAGGAGGGAGUCGAGGUUCCGGCUGACAUCGUGGAGAAGACUGCGGCGAAAUAUCGGGAGGCAUACGAGAAACUUACGGGCAAGACUGCAUAA